GGCCAAAUGUUCUCAAGCCCAUGGUUGUUUUGCUUACUGAUGUAAAGGAACCAGCCCAAUUAGCCCACAGCCUUAACCGGACCCAGCCUGUUCAGUUUUACUUGAAGUCAAAUGAAAUUACCCAAGUAUUUUUCACCAAUAAUAAUAAUAAAAAAAUUAUCCAUGUACAAAUUUUAUUACUUCAUCAUCAUCAUUUCGUUUUUACUGAACCUUGCCCUCCCGGUCGUCUUCGUUCUAUUCUCUCUGCAACCGAAGACCCUAGAAUCAAUUCUGCCAAUUUGCAUUCCAUCUCAAUGUUGAAGGUCCUCCCGCAGCUGCCUCGCUCACCUCGCUUCUCAAUUCCUCCUCCGACCAGCUGCAGCUCCUCCCAGCUCCGCCCGAAGUUCUGGUUCGUUGAACCCCAAUCUCGGUCAAAGUGAUUUCCCUCUCCCGGGUUACGUCACUCCUAGGCUCGAGGACCAUGCCACGGUUGGUAUUUGUAAAGAAUGACGCUCUACAUUGCUGGUUUUUGUGUUUUGUUUGGAUGCUGUUUGAGCUUUGAGGAACCGGGUUUUUUUAAUACUUCUGUUGGGUUUUAGGGUUUUAUUGUUAAUUAAUAUAUUAGCUCUCAUAUUCGCAAUUUAAUAUGGAUUAGUGUUAAAGAAUGGAUCGUGAGUUGGGGGUUUUCCCCAGUUUGUCGUCUUCAUCACUAAAUCUGGAUGGUUCAAUGGUGCCCCCCAUCAUGACAAAAGAACUUGGAGGUUUCUUUUUAGCAUCUGUAUCAGGGUAUGAAAAGGGCCACUGAUCUGCAAUGUUACUCGCGGAUGGUAUUGUUGUGUCAGGGUUUUUUGCGUUUUGUUCAUCUUUUACUUUGUGUUGGCAGGUAUUGGCGGUGCCAUGGACUGGUAGACCUCUGUUUCCCAGUAUGAUUACAUCUGUCAAUGUGCAGAAGCCAGCAUAUCGAGAAAUAUUGGAAAGUCGAGCGCCUUAUGUUGGUGUUUUUCUGCUCAAAGACGAGCCAAGCACUGAUUUAAAGUCGGAGAAAAGCACCGGCUGUCUCACGGGCAAGGAUCUCUUGAAUCGUCUUCACCAAGUUGGAACGCUAGCUGGGAUUGUGGAUGACAACGGUGGGGAUAUGAUUGCUGGUCAUGAGCUUGUUGGUCAUGGUCGGCUUCGGAUCACAGAGAUGGUCAAUGAAGAUCCUCUUAUUGUGAAGGUUGAUCAUCUCAAGGACAAGCCAUACAGCAAGGCUGACGGUCCCAAUUUGCCUACCGCAUUGGACCUUUUAUCAACCAUCUCCAUGAACCGUGUUCCUUUCAUCGAGCUCAUACGGAGGUUUGAUUUCUCGAGGUUGGCCGAUCACGGGGCUGCAAUCUCCAAUGGUGCAAACAAUUUGCAGCUACAGGAAGUGCUUGCAGAGUUGAACGUGCAUAAGAGGCUGAAACUUGCUCUUGAUCUGGUGAAGGAGCAGACGGAUUUCACCCGACUUUGAGUCCCAGAUGCGGCUUGUUUUGAGUAAAAUAGGUACUAGAAUGGCACUAGAAGAAUCUGGGCUCGAAGAAUACACCCAGCUAAGACCUUGGAUCACAUUCUGUGGUAAAGGUUUUGACAGCGACGGACACCCCCAACGAAGUGGAGCCGCUUACUUGAUUGGAUCUCGGUUCUCUUAUCCAUAUGACAUAUAUAAUUUUGUACAAAUAGCUAAUUGCUAAUGUCGGAGCAAUGCUGAACCAUAUUUCAAGCUGUUCAACUGGAAGUUUUAACCUCAUAUGUAGUAGAAAGUCGUAAUGUUGUUGAUGAAGGAAAGUUAAGCCCGUGGUGUUUUUCUGAUUCUAAAAGCAUAUGGCAUAUUGUACAAAUGACUAAGCCAAUGUGGCGAAAAAGACUGACCAAAUUUCGAGCUCAUGCAUACACCUGAAAAUAUCAAACCAUUUAUCGACCUAUGAUCUUAUAAGAAGAAGAAUAAACAUGUCCUAAGCUU